AUGUCGUACUUUUACAUGAACGUCCUGAAUCGCAUGGAGGUGACCAAUCAGCAGACGCUGCUGGAUCUCGUAAACUCUCGGCCAGCUGGCACGCCGCUCAUCACCGUCAGCAACCACAUGGCAACGUACGAUUGGCUCCAACCCGCUCACCCGCGCACCCGCCGCUCCCGAUCUCCCGCUCUCCCGCUUUUCCGCUCCCCCGCUCUCCCGCUCUCCCGCACCUCCCGUCCACGCCCCUCUCCUCGCCCACUUCCCCAACCCCUCUCUUUUCUCUCACUUGGGGGGAGAAACACGAGACACGCUGCUGUGGGGCGGGCAGGGGGGGCUGCGCUGCGCAUCACGGAUCCCUCGAUAUUCCCUGCAACCUCAUGCUCUGCCUUUCACUCACCCUCCCCAUGCUCUGCCUUUCACUCACCCACCCCAUGCUCUGCCUUUCACUCACCCAACCCCAUGCUCUGCCUUUCACUCACCCACCCCAUGCUUCGCCUGCCCGUCCGCAGGAUAGACGAUCCGCUGCUGUGGGGCGGGCAGAGGGGCCUGCGCAUAAGAGACCCCAAGCUGUGCCGCUGGACGCUCACUGCCUCGGAGAUCUGCUUCACCGGCCUCCUCGACUCCUACAUCUUCCGCAUCGGCAAGAGCAUUCCGAUAACGCGCAACCAAGGAGUGUUCCAGCCAGGCAUGGACGAGGCUCUGCUGCGGUUACAGCAGGGCGACUGGCUCAACAUCUUCCCAGAGGCGAGAAUCAUACAGCAGCACGGCCCCCUCCCGCGCCUCAAGUGGGGCCUCGCCAGUCUGCUGGACCGCCUCUGCCCCUCGCUGCCCCCGCCCAUCCUGCUCUGUGUGGGGCACAGCGGCCUUGAGCGGAUUCUCCCUCAGAGCUACCGCAACAACAAGCGGCCGUUGAUUCCGCUGUGGAACCAGCGUGUGAGCGUGGUGGUGGGCGAGCCCUUCUCCUUUGACCUCCCCUCCCUGCGCCAGCAAGCCAAGCAGGCCGUUCGGCUUGAUACUUCCGCCUCUGCUCACAGCACCAGCAGCAGCAGCAGCAGUAGCAGCAGUAGCAGCACUGAUGAUGGCUGCAGUGACAGUGACACCUCCAGCAGCAGCAGCAGCAGCAGCAGCAGUAGAAGUAUGAGUGACAGCAGACACACCAGCAAUGCUGCUUCCGACCCAGCUACCUUUUCCCCCGAUUGCCAACAAGAAAGGCAAACAACAGCCGCUUCGCCUGCCUACCCCCUCGAUCCCACGUGGCGGCCCCAGCAGCCGACAUUUGGCGCUGACGCUCUUAUCCACUCGCCCGAGGUGCUGACUCAGCGGUUACAGGAGCUGAUGCAGCGUGGGUUACGAUGCAUGUGCACGGAUGAAGGAAGAGGCAUGGCUGAGGCUGACGGCGGUGCAAUGGAGCUGGAGGGACACGACAGGCAGGCAGCAGCGGGUGUGACAUGUGUGUGUGCUACAUGUGUGGAUGGUUGA